AUGGCGCGGCGCGGUCUCUCGUGUCAGUACGGAGAGCCAGAUCUUCAUGUUUCGCCCAUCUCUAUUCCUAACCAUAACACAACCGUCAACCAGAUGAGGCUGUCAUAUAAAAAGCCCAAGAAGAAAUUUGAUGACGAGAGCAGAGAGGUUAUAUGUAACGCUUGCAGAAGAAAGUUAAAUGCAGCAUUAGAAUUUAAGUCAACGUGUUUGAAUACUGGUAACACGAUUAUUCGAUAUGUGGAUAGCGAAAAAAUGUUACAGCUCGACUUAAGAGAAGUGUACAACCAGGAAAAGAAAAGUGAAUUAGUUUGCAGUCAAAAAAUAUGUCGAUUGUGUAUGCACCCAGUAGAGAGUGCGUUUAGGUGCAUACGUGAAGAGGAACUCGAAGCUAUUGAGAAAUUGACACCUGAAAUGAAUAUAAAUAUCGUCAAAGAUCCCGUUGUUUGUAAGCCAUGCUUGGAUUCUCUGUGUACUCACAACAGUUUCCUAAAAGAUUUCUCAGAGGGAGAAGAAAAAAUUAAAAGUAUUUUUGAUAGUUCAGCCGCAGGGAGUCAAAUAGAUACGUCUCCACUUGGUUUAUUCGUUAAGACUGAAAACUUGGACAAGGAAUUCGAUUGUAACGAGAUGGAAAUGUCGAUCAAAGCUGAAUGUGUCGACAUAAAAUCGGAAGAUGAGGAAAGGAGCGACACGCCACUUCAGACCUCCGAUAUUGUACCAUUCGAGGAGAGUGACUGUAAAAAUGAAGAAGAGGAUGGAUGUAAAUAUGAGAAUGGAUCAGAAGUGGAAACCAGACAGGAGCGCAAAGUAUUGUACAAAUGUGAUAAAUGUAUCUUCGAAACUGGAAGUGAGAUCCGUUUUACGGCACACUGUGCGAGACAUGAGAACGAUUUGAGAGCAUAUGAAUGUGAAUCAUGUGAGUACAAAACUAAAAAUAAGAAAUUACUUCAGAAGCAUCUGUUGCAACUUAAAGACCCUUCACAGGUUCAAAUCAUCAACUGA